UAUCAGCAUACAUGGUGCAUACUAGGUCAUCCUGUGCUGUAGGAACGAAUCCUGCUAUUCUCCACCUGCCCAUCUUGAAAUCGAUCUUUGACCUUCGUGGGGCUUGAGAGCCGAGCCAUCAUUGGGGACAUAGCGAGAUUAAACGUUCUCAUAUCUGUUUGCUUUCCCCUCUUGUGACCAACAUGGGCGGUGACUCUGACCCUUUCCCCGUAUCCGUAUCCUCCCUCCUUUUCCCCUCCAAGGAGCAAACCCUCUCCCAAACCCUGUCUUCCCUGCGGCGAUCCGCUCUCUCCAUUGCAAACCGACUUCAUUCGAUUGAAACCGACGCCACCUUUGUCCGUGAAGUCGCUGAGUACUACAAUCUCCCUCUAGUCGCCAACGAAAGAUGUGGCAGCUGGUAUAUCCCGCCGGACGCCAAAACCGGCAGCGCUUACUUCAAAAGCACGGAUGGUCAUACGGGCCAAUGGGACUUUAGCUUUCGUAGACUAAACCUGCAGAUUCUGCCCAUUGCUCGGAAGCAUGGAGGCUGCGUCAUUGUUGACUCGACUCGUCGGGGAAAAUUGAUGCCUGAUUCCUUAUCCAAGACAGUCCCGAUAUGGUGUGCGGUGAUCAAUCGAGCGCUAUUUCCUUCCGACACCGCAUACCAUCCGGUGCAAUUCCCGCCGAACUUUUUGGGUGCCUCUGAGGAGUCGCAAAUCGAGCACAGGAUCGACGGCUUUGUGGAAUCUCUCAAGAGUCUCAAGCUCGAUCUAGAUGAUCUCAGGCAGCAAUUGGGACGGCCCAUUCGGGUCGCAUGGGCGAAUCGCUCAUAUUUCCAUCCAAGUGACUUGCAAAAAGGGGAUGCAUACAAUCUCUUUGUUCUCUGCUCCGCCUCUAGACGUGUUCAUGGCGCGGAAAUGUCCGAGGGUGGUUACAUCCAAGGAGCCGGCGACGAUAGUGAGGGUUGGGCACACGGGUUGACGCCGCCAGUGUUCUGGGCGCAUAAAUCCACCCUUGCCACAACGGGAGAGGAAGAUCUACCGGAGCUGAUUGAGAAGUUGGUAGAGGGACAUCGAAAGCUGGACGGCGGCCAGCAAGCUACUUUAAUAGCGCCAACUGGAAACUUAUACAUCAGCCCCACAGACCCUCGAUUGAACGAGGGUGGUGCUUACGAUUUGGUCAUUGAUUGCAACGGAAAGCCCGAGGCUUCAGAGGGAAACGCGAAGAGAUUAAAUCUUGGUUGUGGAGUCUCCAAACUAGGAAGUCGCGACCUACGGAAGCAUCUGCACAAGGUCCUGGCCUUCGUCGGUUCUCAGUUGGACUCAAACCCGUCGUUGUCACUACUCAUAACAUGCGAGUCUGGGAAAGAUCUUUCCGCUGGCGCUUUGCUCGCCAUAUUGUGCCUAUGCUAUGAUGACGAGGGAAAGUUUGCUGGAUCGCACACAAAGAACAAGAUUGACAAACAAUUCAUUCGACAGCGACUUGCCUGGAUUGUGUCAUCAAAACAUGACGUUAACCCUUCAAGGUCUACACUUCAAUCUGUCAAUGCGUUUCUUAUGGAACGACCAGAUUAUUAAUAAGUUAAAAUUAUCUAACACCUGACCUAUGAUCUGAGUGCAACAUUAUUCAUCAUACAUGGUUGCAUUGAUCUAUUCGUUUUCAACGGCCUCUACAAUGGCUCCAGCACUUCCCUGAUCCAAAGCAUUUAGCACAGCCAUGUCCUCCUCGCUGAUUUCAAAGUCAAAUACAUUGGCAUUGGCCACAAUCCGCUCGGGGUUAUCGGACUUGGGCAGUGGUACCCAUCCCUUC